CCCCAGCGUGCUUCGUGUGGCGCGAGUUAUCAGGCGGCAUCGCGUCGCCAGGCAUGCCGGGACUUGUAGUCCGUCUAUAAGACGCUGUCGCUUGCGCGGCAGCUGACCAGCGACCGGUCGCGAUGUGCGAGCGGGCGGCAGCCGGAAGAAGCAUGGUACCAGGUAUAACCUUCCUGAACUGGCUAUGUACAAGAAGGCUUCCUUCGGAGAUUUCAGGCAUCCUCCAAGGGGGACUCAAGAUGGCGCUGUGAGAACAACCCAGGAUUGGAGCCCACGUUGAAUUCGCAAACGCCAAAGAAGAGGAAAUUUGAACACACAGAGAGAUAUCAAGAGCAUGUGCACAGAGGAAAGACUGUGUGAGGACACAGUGAGAAGGCAAUCAUCUCCAAGCCAAAGAGAGGCCUCAGAAGAAAACAAACCUAUCAACAACUUGAUCUUGAACUUCCAGCUGCCAGAAUAGAGUGAACAAACCCUCCUUGGCUUCAGGAGUAUGAGCGAUGAAGAAAAUGACACGAGGAGCUCUAGAACACUAAGGAAAGCUUUCAAAUCCAAUGGGAUGGCCAUACAGACUCAGCCCACUGAACAACUGGAAGAAUCUUCGCAGACACAUCAGAGAUCCCCGGAUUCAACUUGUAAAACCAUUGAUCUAAAAACUACAUCUUGACUUCAGAACACUUCUUUUGAUCUGGAAUUAUCUGUUAUUGACCACAGAGAGCAGCUACUGACGAUUUCCUGGAACAGGGCCCUGUAGAGAAAGAUUAAUUGUGGCGAGUGGCAGUGUAAUUCUGGCAAUGUUGUUUCAUCUGGAAUUGAUUUUCAGGCUACAGUGCAAGGGUGCUGUCUUGACUCACUGCAACCUCUGCCUCCUGAGUUCAAGCAAUUCUCCUGCUUCAGCUUUCCAAGUAGCUGGGAUUACAGCAAAGAGAUGAGAUGGGAAAGCCAGCUGCUGGGAGUUCCUGGGAUCUUUAAAAAAUCUCACAGCAACACACCUUGCCUCUGCUACCCAAGGACAGGAAAGACGCUCUGCUCUGGCUUCUCUUCAAGGGGCUGAUAGAGGGCAUAGUCACUUGCACUGGCCUCCUGGGAUGGAUGUCACCCGCCUGCUCCUGGCCACCCUGCUGGUCUUCCUCUGCUUCUUCGCUGCCUACAGCCACCUGCCACCUGAGGAGAAGCUCCGAGAUGACAGAAGCCUGAGAAGCAACUCCUCUGUGAACCUACUGGAUUUACCUUCUGUCUCUAUUGUGGCAUUGAACAAGAAAUCCAAGAAGAUCAGCAGGAAAGAAGCAGAAAAGAAGAGAUCUUCUAAGAAGGAGGCUUCGAAGCAGAAAGUGGCGCGGCCCCGGACCCCGCUAUCCGUGCCCUGCGUGUCCACCCGCGGCAGCUGCAAGCCGCCAGCGCCCGCCUGCUGCCACCCGUGCGCCUCCUGCCAGUGCCGCUUCUUCCGCAGCGCCUGCUCCUGCCGCGUACUCAACGUCAACUGCUGAGCGCGCCCCUUCCCGGCCGCGGGCGGGCCUCGCAUGGAGCUGCAGCCACUGCAGUGGGAGCUGUCACUGCCCCCAGCUCACCUUGGUGACGGAGUCGUUGACGUUGAUGGCGGGCACCUUCAGGACCCCAGUGGCCAUCAUCUUGUAGAGGUUGUGGACCCCGGUC